GUAUUUAACUCAGCAGUUUACCACAUGCUGUGUGAGGCUCUGGGCAGGAAGCUGACAGCAGACGAGCGAUUGGCUGUACAGGCCCUCACCGCUGACCCCUCAGUCGCUGCCCAUGACCCUAAAGAAUACUCCCCUGCAUUAGAUGCAGAUUUAAAGCCCCCAGAAAUCUGGAGAGACAGGCAGCCAACAGACAAGGAGCUCAAGGCAGUCCCCGUUCUGCAGGCUGGAUUCAAAGGGCAGUUGGAGCAAGAGGUCCUUAAUGCCUCAAAACCUGGAACGAAGGAGAAUCUCACUGCGUCUAAGAUCCUUUUGGAAAUGUGGCCGAAGAUUGAAUCCGACGCCGACAGACACGCUGCCUUCUUGCUACGGUAUAUCAUUGAAAAUUCUGAGGGGAAAGCAGAGCUCUACCCCUGUCAACAGGAUGAAUCGGCCAGAAUCACCUUUGCUGAUUAUUCCGUCUCUGUUCAAGACACCAGCAACUCCUGGCUCUUGAUCUUUAGAGAGGUGUUCCUGGUUCCUGAGGAGAUGCUGCUGGUACCACAGGUCCACUCCACAAUCCCUAACUGUUGGCUGCACGUCAUAAAUAAUGACACAGGAGAGGAGGUGGAUACGAUCGGCAGAGAAGUAGUACCCCAUGUCUAUCAACCAAAUAAGCUCGGUUUUACCUUUGUAGCAGAGAGCAUCACACCUGAACUCACCCCUGCUGGCGCCACAUGGAGGAUGCGCCUGAUUGGUUUAAAGGAACCCCUUCCAAAACUGUCCCAUGAGACUCGACCCAAUACAUUCUCAGUGAAGAAAGUCCAGGAUUAUUACGUUCCCAAUGACAAAAAUCUCAUUUGUCGCUACCGUGUGCAGGUGACGUCGGACACCCUCGGGACGAUUCAGUUUCAAACUUCCAAGCCUGACGUGUUUAUACGCCUGUCUGUUCUGGACCAGGAGAAGGAAGUGGAAUGCAGAACAGGACAGGGCCAUGUGACAAUUCCUGUGUUCUAUUUCCUGGCCAACACAGACCCCGGUUGCACAGAUGAAAAGAACCAGAAGGGAUCCCCCACCCAGGACGCUCCGCAGCACAGGAAUGGGGCUCACAGCACAGUCGGGAAAUCAGACUCUUCAUCUGACCAGCUUCAGCCUCCCACAGAGACUAUGGUAUCACCGACAACUGGUCAUAAGCACAUGGUACAGGCAGAGGUGCUUCAUAAGAGCUGGGAUUUGGAUGAAUCUCAGUUGGCUUUUGUUCAUAUGCUCAAAGAGUUGGAGAAGAAUGAGAUGAGAGUACACAAGCCAGAGGAUUCGAAGCCUUCAUCCACCAGCGACACACCAAGCCGUGGGGGGCGCAAACAUUCCAAGAAGCCAGCUGCCAACUCCAAAUCUGGCUCCAGGAAGGAAAUGAGCCUUGACCUAACCAAGCCAAACUGGACCCUGCAUGUUGUCACUGACGAGAGCAAAGCAGAGGGCAUCGAGGUGAAGAAAGACACGGAGAGAGCUGACCAGAUUAAAGCCAUUAUAGAGUCCUGGGAAGUCGCUGAGCCAGGACGCCGUGUCAGGGCUCUACAGUCUCGUCUCAAGUAUCUAAACCAAGUCCAACAUAAAGAAAGCGAUGCAGCUGCUACAGAUGAACGCAAAGACGCUGCUCCUGCAUCCGGACCAGAACCUGAUACCUCUCUCAGCUCAUCCAAUCAAAAGCUAAGCGACACCCCGAGCUCCCGUCCUCACAUGGACUACAGUCACCUCAUCAGACGCCGAAAGGACUUUCCAGUGCUGAUGGACUCACAGAUGGAGGAGGAAGAGCAGAGGGAGCGCCUAGAAAAGAUCCAGACCUACCAGCUGGAGCGAGAAAGUGUGCUGGAGCAACGUAAACAGGAUGCGCUCAAGAGGAAGGCGCUAAUAAGGCUUCAGAGGGAGAUGUAUGAGAGCAUGCAGCACGAGCAUCAAAAAGCACUUGAUUCUCUCCAAGCCUUUCUUAGCAGUCAGAUGGCAGCCGUGAAAAAGGAAGAACAGAAACAAGCUCUGGAGGAGGCCGAGCCAGCAGACCAUUAGGCCUUAACAUGUGUAAAACAGACCAUCAGUCAAUGGUGUUGUUUUGUUUGUUGGUUAUGUUGUGGGUUAAAUUGACCCGGGAACAUGAUUGCUGGGUUAAUAUGUUCAAGUUCUUUAAGUUAAGGUUCUUUGUCUUAGUUUAGUAUUUAGAGAGCAUCUACUUAUUUGCCAUCCCUCAGAGUCAGCUGAUCAGCUGAGGAAUGAGAAGCUAGAUUAAAAAUGAAAAGGACGAGGGUGCCAUCUAGUGGCUCAGGACAUUGUUACAUGUUUAUUACCUUGCCUGCACUUUGCUGUUGCAAGGUUGACAAUAAUAAAUAGUUCAAUUUUGUGCAGCUGCACGAGGGAAAUUAUCAUUUGGUGUGUGUGGAUGUGCAAGUGUGUACACACUACAGCUAUCUGUGCCUGUUGUUGUGCCUAUUUGUGCAUCCUCCAGCAUCC